GAAGAAUUGAUUGAAUUCAAAGCGGAUAAAAUAUUCUUUCUUCCUGCCAUCAUCAAAGUGACAUUGGCAUCAAAAAGCAUCUCUUAGCAAACGGCUAGACCUGCCAAGAUGCCAAAGUCUCGCUUCAAUGCCGUUCGCGAAAAAGCGAGAGCAUCACGUCACAAUCCACUCAAUAGAAAAGAUGGAUCUUCAAAUCAAGAUGGCAACACAGAUCAAAUGGAUGCUCCUUUGACACUCAAGCCUAUCACAGGUCAAAAUGGAAACGCAGAUGUACUGCCAGUACUAAAGGCCUUACCAUUACCAAAUGCUACUUCCUCCUCUUCACAUGAGGACGCUCUGUGGGCUCUCACUUCGCUCAACGGAUUUUGGUCCACAAAAGCUUUGCGAAACGAACUUUUGGCUCCAAAGCAUGAUAUCGUCUCACGCAUCCUUGUACAGCUACAAAACGGAGGUGAAAGGCCAAUUGAGGUUCGCGAUGCUGCCAGUGGAUGUUUGCGGAAUCUGUGCAUUGAAGCAGCUGGGAAAGCACGUAAAGCAUUAGAGUCGAAGGAUAGUAUCAACAUAUGCAUUGCAGAGAUCUGCGAUGUCGCAAGAGCACUUAGUCUGGUGGAAGGAGAUGGAAAUGAGACAGUCCCGGAAAGACGACUGCAGAAUAGCACCCCUCAAUCAUUCCUAAACAAGCCAAAAGAGGAUAUGAAUCGAAAAGAGAGAAGACAUGCAGCUAAAGCAGAAGCAGCUGCAGCCAAGAAACAAGGGCAAGGAGUGGGCAAAGAGGAAAGUUCCACUGCGAAAGCUGAGAAUGACUCCAUGAAUGAGGACAGCACACCCGCAAUUGCUGCUCAAGAUGAUCAUACGGCUAUUAGAUGUAGUCAUCUAAACAAUAUCGCAGCUGUCAUCUGGUGCUUGGCAGAGAUGUCUCCUCAGGCUGCCGAUGAAUGUGGAAGAGCGGCCGCCAUCCUUGGCAGAAUAUUCUCGCAGGCUACUAGGCAAGGUGUUGAGGCUCUAAACAAUCUCCAAAAAGGUGGAGCAAACGGUACCGUUGACCACUCAGCAAACGGAAAGGUGGAUGUCGGCAAGAAGGAUCAAAAGGUUAUCGACAAAGCAUGGAUAGAAGCAUCAACAACUUGUCUAAAUGCACUUGUGACAUUGAGUGACUCGAAUGCACACGCAUGCGCUGCAUUGGUGGGAAUCAGUAAACCUGAGCUAAUGUCAGCCAUCAAAGGAAAAGGCAAGGUGGCAGUAAUCAUCGAUGAAGAAGAAUUAACCCGAGUGGAAGGCCAAAAGAAUGUUCAAUCGUUAUGCUGUGCGGUGGAAGCCUUAUACCAAUAUCGACCUGAUUCCAUCACAAAGCCAGAAGGUCGACAAUUGGUUGCGAAUGGUCUAUUGGCACUUGCCGCAUUGCGCAAUAUUCAAUCUUCUCUGCCUCUACAAUUGAGAAAAACUGUAAAGGUAGAGACAACAACAGGACAAGUCGAUACACUAUCGAAUUACGAGUCAAGCGUUGCAUUAGCAGCAAUUCAGCAGACUUUGCUACAGUAUGUGUCAACUGGCACGAAAGCUGAAGAUGCGAGCAAUGUCAAUCUAGCAUUAGAAGUGCUUGCUGAACUUGUUGGCGAUCGUGAAAGAUGGAACGUUUACGCUCCCUCUUCUGCUGUUAGCAAAACAGACGACCUUGCUGUGGACGAAGAUGAAAGCGAGGAUGAAGAGAUGGAUGUGGAAGAAGGAGAUGGUGCGGAAGGAGGAUCUAGCUCCGAAGGCGUAGAAGACGAAGAGAUGAUUUUGGAAGAGGAGGAAUCUGGUCCGACAACUAAUGGUACAAUUGUCGAUUUCCACAAAACACAAAUCGCCAAGACCUUCUCGCCAUCUCUGCUGGAGCCUCUGUGCAAGCUGGCGUUCGAUAUUGAUUCAAAUUCGGCAGCUUUGACGGACAACAGUGGGGAUGCCACCUCAGCCACGAUUGAACGUGGCGUUGCUAUUCGAGCACUUUCUGUUUUGGGCAACGCGAUUCUCGUCUUGGCAUCUUAUGCUCAACCACCACCUUCUCAACCGGUAGAAGAUGCAACACACAAAAAGCGUAUUGCAAGUUUCCAGAAAUGGCUUUCAGAGCAAAACGACAUGACGGGAAGAUUAUGGAGAUGGUCAUUUGAGAUGGCUUGUAGAGCAGCAGCUUCGCCGAUUGUUGCAGUGGAUGAAGCUUCCCAGUCAUCAAAUGAGAACGUUCGUGCUGCAUGCGUAGAGGGAAAACGAAUUAUUGAAAGCUCAUUAGGCAUCAUGUGGAGUUUGACAAGAUGCUUCGAGGGCGUUGAAGGGCCACAAUCAAAUCAAAUUCUAUUAUUGGACAACACUCAAUUCGCACAAGAUCCUCAUUGCAUCGUGGCAGGGUCUGGUACGGGCGUGAUUGAAAGUGUAAUGGCAGCUUAUAAAGGCAGCACGCAAGACGCAAAAGCAACAAGUCAAGAAGGGGAAUCAACCCUUUCUAUCUCUGAUCCCACGACUUGGGCAAGUACAGAUGGAAUCCGUGUUCAUUGCCUUGGAUUGUUGUCCACGCUUUGCAGACAAGGACAUGUCUGGCAAGCACAUCUAUCAAAGAUUGUCACUUUGUUGGAAAAGGUUUUGGAAGCAUUACCUCCACGCAAUGCACAAAAAGGUACGCAAGCCACACUUGCAUCUUUGGAAGUACGGGAUUGGACAAGUUAUGAUGGUAUGGUGAUCGCAGUGAAUGGUUUGAUCGACACUUUUGCCGAUGAAACGAAACCAUGGGAUCAACAAUACAAAACCCUCAAAUUGCACGGCAAACUUAAACGUCAUUCUGCCGAAAUUCGUCAUGCCGCUCGUUCAAUCGAUAAACGAAAACAAGCAAGUUUGCGUAUCGCAGCUGAUGAAGCAUGGGAGAAUCUGAUGGGCUUCCUUUCGUAUCGUGAAUCUGUCAAAGCCACCUGAACACUCUGUAUUGGCAUCUAAUGAAACAUG